ACUGAACUAAACUAAAUGCCAAGUCUCUACAAAAUCUCUUCUUCCUUCUCUCAACACUCAACACAAGGAUGCUGCACUCUGCACCCUCCUCCUCCUUCCACCACACCACCACUCUCCACCCUUCUCCCUCUCCUUCUCUUCUCUCUGCUUCUUCACCUUCUUCAUCCCGUCCCGCAUGGCUGCCACUCCGCCACUUCUCCUUCCAAACUCCACCUCUCCGCACUCAUAACCAUUUUGCACUAACAUCACCCAAGGCGCUGAAAGUGAACUGUUCCACCAGCGAGCCAUUGAAAAUUAUGAUAUCUGGUGCACCUGCUUCAGGAAAGGGAACUCAAUGUGAAUUGAUUGUCCAAAAGUUUGGAUUGGUGCACAUAUCAACCGGGGAUCUCCUAAGAGCAGAAGUUGCAGCUGGGACGGAAAUUGGAAACAAAGCAAAGGAGUUCAUGAAUUCUGGUCGUUUGGUUCCCGAUGAAAUUGUGACAGCUAUGGUGGCAGCACGAUUAUCUCGUGAAGAUGCAAAACAAAGGGGUUGGCUUCUUGAUGGCUACCCUCGGACUUUUUCCCAAGCUGAGAGUCUGGAGAAAAUGCAGAUACGACCUGAUUUGUAUAUUGUAUUAGAUGUUCCUGAUGAAAUUCUGAUCGACAGAUGUGUUGGUAGAAGGUUAGACCCAGUGACAGGGAAAAUAUAUCAUCUAAAAUUUUUUCCACCGGAAUCUGAAGAAAUCAAAGCCAGGCUGGUCACGCGUCCUGAUGACACUGAGGAAAAAGUCAUAUCACGCCUAGAAAUAUAUAAACAAAAUGCAGAAGCCGCAUCUUCCUCCUACUCAAACAUAACAAAGAAGAUUGAUGGCAGCCGUUCAAAGGAGGAAGUUUUCAAAGAAGUCGAAUCUUCACUAUCACAACUGCAACAGAGUAAAGGGAAAAUAUUGAAAUCUGGAGGCACGGAGAUUCAAAGAACAUUAGAAAAAUCGAUUCUUGAUACAAAGAAGGGAUCAGGGUCUUCGAGCCAGGAUAAGUGGAGAGGGAUUCCUACUAGACUAAAUAACAUUCCCCACUCAAGAGAAAUCAGACAAUAUUUUUACGAUGAUGUGAUAAAAGCUACACAACGGGCUGUCAAUGAUGGAAAAACUAGGUUGAAGGUGGACAUAAACAUUCCUGAAUUGAACCCAGAAAUGGACGUUUAUCGAAUAGGUACCUUGAUGGAACUUGUUCGAGGUCUUGCCCUUUCAUUUGCUGAUGAUGGAAAACGUGUUAAGGUCUGUGUACAAGGAUCAAUGGGAGAAGGUGCUCUUGCUGGAAUGCCUUUGCAGCUUGCCGGAAGUAGAAAAAUUCUGGAGUUCAUGGAUUGGGGUGAUUAUGGUGCAAAAGGAACCUUCAUUAAUAUUGGUUCUAUAGGUGCUGCAGAGGUUGAAGAGCAAGAUGACUUGUAUAUCUUGGUUGCUCCUCAAAAUGCUGUAGGGAAUUGUAUCAUUGAUGAUCUGAGAGCAAUGACAAAUGCUGCUGAACACAGACCAGUUAUCCUAAUCAAUGCCAGGCUUAAGGAUUUACCUGGUUCUAGUGGUAUUAUGCAAACAAUGGGACGAGACCAGAGACUCAAGUAUGCAGCAUCUUUUGAAAGUUGCUACUUUUUCCGGCUUCUUUAUUAUGCGGGAACCCAGUAUCCCAUCAUGGGAGCUAUCAGGAUGUCUUAUCCAUACCGUUAUGAGUUGUACAAGAGAGUUGAUGACCCAUCUGGGAAGGAGAAGUAUGUCAUUUUGUCGACGUUUCUUGAAAGGCCUACAACCGACGAAAUAAACGACGCCUUUGAAGGAAAACCAAGAAACGAAACAAGGAAGGGCUCGGGGAUUUGGGGUUUUUUGAGCGGUAUUUUUUGAGCAAAGUGAAGAGCUGUGGGUUAUCCUUACCUGGCUCCAUGAUCGGGUUUUUUUCUAUGUAAUUUAUCAUCGCGGAUUGGUUAUAUGAAAAUGUCGAUGUCAGAGCUUGAACUAUGCAACUUGCUACUGGUGCAUCGGCUUGUUUAAGAUUAAUCACUAUUGUACAAAUAAUAGGGAACGAGAAGAGUUCAUAAGAAUCAUGGCAAAGUAAAUAUUUGAUGAAUAUGUUAUACAAAGUUCCAUUGAA